UAUAGAAUAGUAUAAAUAAAUAUAAGUUACAUAAAAUUUCUACAUAAGUAAAUCUGCUCCAGUUUGACCUGAUUCUGUUCUAUCGGUGUGACUCAAAUAAUGGAUCAAAGAAAUGAUGUGUUCGAAGCUAGUUUCCUAUAUGAAAGUGAAACAGCACCCAAGUCACCUACAAGUUACAGUAGGUUCUCAACAUCUGGCAGGGAUCCGUCACUUUCUACAACAUCAGAGCUUGACUCAUCUGUGAACCUACAGCAAGUCCAACUGCCCCUGUAUAAUAUUAAUGAUCUCCUUCAAUCCAGGGAGGAAUUACUCAUCACAAAAAUGCUCAACUCCAUUGAAGCUGUUGUAGAUAAAAAGCUUGGUCAAAUAAUGCCAUCAUAUUUGGACAAACAAACUAAGAACAUAGAGAAGAUGUGCAACAAAAAUGAAGAAGUGUUACUCAGUCUAGCUAAGUCUCAAGAACAACUCACUGUUAGACUUGGAGCUAUUGAAAAAAAUAAUUCUGAGAUGAACCAAUCAUUAAGUGAUAUGAAAACUGCUCAUAGUAAUUUUCAAAAAAUCCAAGCAGAAGAUAAAGAAAAGAUUUCAAAACUUGAAGCUCUGGUAUCUCAACAGAUGGCUGCAAUAACAAAGUUGCAACAAAGUCUGUCAACUAUGGAAGAAGAGCUUGAAAACGUGGCUGAGGCCCAAGAAUAUUCAGAACAGUACGGAAGGCGCUUAAAUCUUGAAUUUGUUGGGUUACCCUAUCAAAAAAAUGAAGACACCAAUCAAAAAGUAAUAGGAGUUGCCAAAAUGAUUAAUGUUAAACUUAAUAGUGAAGACAUUUCUACCUCUCACCGACUUGUUGCUGGCAAAAGAUCUCCUAUAAUUGUUCGCUUCUGUAGGAGGGACAAAAGAAAUGAGCUAUUUCGAAAAAAAGCUGGUCUUGUCAAGGAAAAUGGAGACCUUGCGAAAGCUUUCGAUACUGUAAAUCAUCGUAUUCUACUGGAAAAACUAUAUCAUUACGGCAUUCGAGGUAAAGCAUUUCGUCUGAUCUCAUCAUACCUAAGUGGCCGUAAGCAAUAUGUUGAAAAUGGGGAGAAUAUUUCUGGAAUGGGCCUCAUUAAAUGCGGAGUGCCUCAAGGUUCGACAAUAGGCCCAUUGUUAUUUCUGUGCUAUAUAAAUGAUUUACCUGCUGCCUCUUCCUUCUUUUCAACCCUAUUUGCGGAUGACACUUCUCUGUUAAAAUCUGCUUCAUGCGCAUCUGAACUUCAAACUUCUGUGAAUUUCGAUCUCCAUAAGGUGGACAAGUGGUUGAAAACAAAUAAAUUAUCUCUAAACUAUUCCAAAACAAAAUUUAUGCUGUUUUGUAGCAAAAAAAGAGAUAUUACAACCUUUAGAGUAACCUUAGGCAAUAACAUAAUUGACCGCACCAAAAGUAUUAAAUAUCUUGGGGUUACAAUAGAUGACAAAUUGAGCUGGAAGGCACAUAUUGCCGAUUUGUCUAAGAAAUUAUCUCAAACUGUUGGAAUAUUUUACAGACUCAGGUAUAUUUUGAACCCUGAAACACUCAAAUUGGUCUACUAUAGUUUAUUUCACUCGCGAUUACAGUAUGGUAUACUUAGCUGGGGGUCGACAAAUAAGUCUCUAUUGCAGCCAAUACAAGUUUUGCAAAAUAAAAUUUUAAGAUGUAUGGCAUUUUCAGAAAAAACUCACAUAACCAAUUUUCAGCUGUAUCGACAGUUUAAUAUCUUACAGCUGUGUGAAAUGCAUACACUUGAAAUAGCCAAGUUCAUGCAUCGGCAUGAAAAUGGCCUUGUUCCCAUUGCUUUCCAACACUAUUUCACUAGGCUACAAGAUGUACAUAAAUACACCACUAGGUCCCAAAAAAAUAGGUCAUAUUUUACCCCUCAUGUAGCCACGGAGUUUGAAAAAAGAUCACUGAAAUAUAGCGGUGUCCAGGUCUGGGGCAUUGUACCACCUGACAUCAAAAAUUGUUCAGCAUAUACUUUCAAUAAAAAUAUGAAAAAAUUCUUGUUAUCCAAGUACCCUGAUCCGUAUACUUCUGUUUAAUAUACUGUAAUUGCCGUUUUAUGCUGCUAAAAGUUAUUGUGCAAUAAAUGAUGAACUGCAUAUUAAUUGCAUAUCUAGUUGGGCAUACUUAAUUGUGGAACACGCAUUAAUAUUCCAUUUCUAUUUCAAGUAUUUAUGAAUCUUUAUGAAUGUUGGUGAUUGUCAGUGUGUUUCCCAAGCUUCCAUCUCGUAAAUUAAUUUAAUAUCCUUUUCAUAUUGUUGAAAAUCACUGUAUAAGAAGUGAUGAAAUGAACAUUUAAUUGUGGAUCAUACAUUGAUACUCCAUUUCUAAUUCAAGUAUUUAUAAAUCGUUAUGAAUGUUGGUAGCCACUAUACAGUAUUCAGUGAUUGUCACUGUGUUUUUUCCAUGCUUUCAUUUCAUAAAUUAAUUUACCUAAUAACCUUUUUAUAUUGUUGAAAUUCAUUUUGUAACAAAUGAACAGCAUAUAUAAUUGGGGGCCAUACAUUAAUAUUCUAGUUCUAUUUCAAGUACCCUUGGUGUGAAUGUUGUUAGCCUCUUUGUAAAUUAAUUUAUUAACCUAUUUACAUGUUAAACUAAUUAUAUAAUAAGUGAUGAACUGCAUUAUCAAUAGCAUAUUUGUUGGUAGCCACCAUACAGUAUUCAGUGAUUGUCACUGUGUUUAUCCAUGCUUUCAUUCCGUAAAUUAAUUUACCUAAUAACCUUUUUAUAUUGUUAAGAUUCAUUUUGUAACAAAUGAACUGCAUAUAUAAUUGUGGGCCAUACAUUAAUAUUCUAGUUCUCUUUCAAGUACGCUUGGUAUGAAUAUUUGUAAAUGUUGUUAGCCUCUUUGUAAAUUAAUUAAUUUAUUAACCUAUUUACAUGUUAAACUAAUUAUAUAAUAAGUGAUGAACUGCAUUAUCAAUAGCAUAUUUAAUUGUGGAUCAUACAUUGAUACUCCAUUUCUAAUUCAUAUUUUUAAAAAUCUUUAUGAAUGUUGGUAGCCACCAUACAGUAUUCAGUGAUUGUCACUGUGUUUUUCCAUGCUUUCAUUUCGUAAAUUAAUUUACCUAAUAACCUUUUUAUAUUGUUAAACUCAUUGUGUAACAAGUGAGCUGUAUAUUUAAUUGUGGAUAAUACAUAAAUAUUCGAAUCCUUAUUCAAGUAUGUAUAAAUACUUAUGAAUGCUGGUAGCAAUUAAACAAUAUUCAUCGAUUGUUAUUAUUUUUCCCCUGCUUCUUCAUGUGAACUAAUUAAGGUGCCAAAAGGAGUCAAAUGAUACUUUUACGUCAUGCACUCCAUUACUGAAUCUGUGAUGAUAUUAUUAUUUUCUUGUCCCUAUCUUUCAAUUUUUGAUCUCGGUCUGUGUCCAAUAAAAAAAAAAAAGCUUUUUUUAAAUCUUUGACUGUUUUAAUUCUUUCAUUGGACAUGAUCGGUUACAUCGGUACAUGACCUCUCAAAAUCCUAAAUUGCCCGUUGAUAACUUUAAUAAUAAUAACUUUAAAUUGCCGACUCAUUCACUCAUUUCUUUAUCUUAUAUAUAUUUUAUUUAAUCCCAUUUGCAUUUACCCAUGGUACUAUAUUAUGCCAUGAUAACCUUAUAUACAGCAUUUACAAAAGGGUCGGGAGCCUAGAUGACCUUAAUCGGUCCUGCACACUGACCCGCACAAAACAAUAAUCAAUCGCUGUUUAUUACUGAUGAAAUAUUUUCUUCAUUAUAUUAUUAUCUAUUAUUGUUUAUAUUAGUGUUGAUUUUGUUUUUGUGGCAA